CAACAACAACAACAACAAAAACCCCAACGUAAACAGACUGGAUGUUGCGGUUAAUUGUAAAAGACCACUUGCAAAAUCUCUGCCAGUGUUCCCACCAUCUCUGCUGAAGGAUGUGAGGACACAAUACAGCUCAGACUCACUCCAGGACAAUGGGUCCAAGUAUCGUUGGGGAUGGUGGCUGGUCACCAAGGUAACGCGACCAGGCCGAGGCCAAGCUUUCACGGCUGAAUGGCACGCUGGCUACGGGAGGCAGAUCCAAGACUGCUGUCUGACAGGCCCGGGGUCAGGCAUGGGAGGUUAACACGGACAAACGGGGUUGGAUUUGCUGUGCCUGGACGAAGCUGCCACGUGAGGCGGUCGUGUUGUAAAUGCCUCGUUUAAGCCCAAAGACGGGAUUCUAGUCAGAUGGUUUGAGCAAACAUGCUCCCAGUAGCUACCAAAGCAGGUGAAGAAAGCCGAACAUCCAGUCGUGUCUUCACCAUCACUGGUGUAGGACGAAGCCAAAGCUAACAGAACACAGACUGCAGCAGAACGCAGGGCCAGUAGGAUUUUCCUCCUCAUACAGGAAGAGCUGAGAAUCCAGGAGACAGCUCGCGGCUGAGGAGGAGAGAGACAUUAUUCAUGGAGGAUCCACUGAGGAGUACCUGACCCGCAAGCUGCCGAUUGUGUAGGUUUGUGUCUGGAUCGUGGAAGCAGUUUCUGUGGAGUCCUACACACACCCAUCCCUCCUUCGGGAACAAACCGCUCCCUCCCUACCUGUCCCUCAUCCUCAUUUAAAGAUAGGAUGCCCGGCUCUGUGCCCCUGUGCUGAGGAGGUGUCGGCGGGCAGCAGUAUGGGCGCUGUGCUGGCCGGCAUCCCCACCACCCCCUCCACCACCGAUCUGCCACCACCACGCUGCCCAACUGAGACGGGCGCUCCCCCCAGCCCCGCCGAUGGGCGAAGACACUGACGCCACCCCAACGCUCAACCACCGCGGCUUCCUCCCCGACCACAACUAUGUGACUGAAGCUGAUAUCAUCUCCACCGUUGAGUUCAACCACACCGGAGAGCUCCUGGCCACAGGGGACAAAGGGGGCCGAGUGGUCAUCUUUCAGAGGGAACCUGAGAGCAAGACUGAGCCCUUCUCCCAGGGAGAGUACAAUGUCUACAGCACCUUUCAGAGCCAUGAGCCCGAGUUUGACUACCUUAAGAGUCUGGAGAUUGAGGAGAAGAUCAAUAAGAUCCGAUGGCUGCCUCAACAGAAUGCCGCACACUUCCUCCUCUCCACCAAUGAUAAGACCAUCAAGUUGUGGAAGGUGAGUGAAAGAGACAAGCGGCCAGAGGGAUACAACCUGAAAGAUGAGGAGGGUCGCAUCAAAGACAUCUCCACUGUCACCUCUCUACAGGUGCCGGUGUUGAAGCCAAUGGACCUGAUGGUGGAGGUGAGCCCGCGGCGAGUGUUUGCCAACGCCCACACUUACCAUGUCAACUCCAUCUCUGUCAACUCCGACUAUGAGACUUACAUGUCAGCUGAUGACCUGAGGAUCAACCUCUGGCACCUGGACAUCACGGACCGCAGCUUCAACAUUGUGGACAUCAAGCCAGCCAACAUGGAGGAUCUGACAGAAGUGAUCACAGCAGCUGAGUUUCACCCCCACCACUGUAACCUGUUUGUCUAUAGCAGCAGCAAAGGCACCCUGCGCCUCUGUGACAUGAGAGAAGCGGCAUUGUGUGACAAACACUCCAAAUUGUUUGAGGAGCCCGAGGACCCCAGCGCCCGUUCCUUCUUCUCCGAGAUCAUCUCCUCUGUGUCGGACGUCAAGUUCAGCCACAGCGGUCGCUACCUGCUCACCAGAGACUACCUGACUGCCAAAGUCUGGGAUCUCAAUAUGGAGAGCAAGCCCCUGGAGACAUACCAGGUUCACGAUUACCUCCGCAGCAAGCUGUGCUCUCUUUAUGAAAACGACUGCAUCUUUGACAAGUUUGAGUGUGCCUGGAACGGCUCGGACAGUGUGAUCAUGACCGGAGCCUACAACAACUUCUUCCGCAUGUUUGACCGGAACACCAAACGCGACGUGACCCUGGAAGCGUCAAGAGAAAGCAGCAAACCUCGAGCUGUCCUUAAGCCACGGAGGGUCUGUGCCGCCGGAGGAAAGCGCCGGAAGGACGAUAUCAGCGUGGACAGUCUGGACUUCACCAAGAAGAUCCUCCACACAGCAUGGCACCCGACUGAGAACAUCAUUGCCAUCGCAGCCACGAACAACCUGUACAUUUUUCAGGACAAACUCAACUCGGAAAUGCAUUAAAGAACAUUGGCGGUGGAUACAAAUGAGUUUAUACCUGAACAUGCAUCUAUGCCAGAAUGUACACAUUUGCAGACAUGUAUCCACAGGAAUAUGCCUAACACAUCCACAUACACAAUCGGAAAACACACACAUGCACACACACAUCUGGGUCUACUCUUUGACACACCCCCCCUCACCUCUUCCCCAGCCUCUCAGAACUGAAAGGACCUAGAAAGGGCUCGAGAAGGAAUGGGCUGGAUUACGCAUUAUGGAUUGCAAAAUUGUGGAUUUUUUAAUUGUUAAGCUCUGGAUUGUGCUUGAUGGUGUGUUGAUUGCUACAGCUCAGCUUCUGGGAGGGGGGGAGUAACACCCUCCCCCCCAGACUGGAGAGACGUUUACAUGUUUUAUGUUAUUUUUCUAUUUUUAGUAUUAUUUUUUUCUUUUUUUUUUGGUUCUUCAGGCUCUUUUGCUUUCUCCACCUCCUCCUCCCUCUCCUCCCCUCCUUCCUGUAUUUGUGUGCUCGAGCAAAGCCUAUUCUUAUCCCUUGCCCACUGUUUCGUGUAACAAAAACCCUUCGUGUUUGUCAACCAGUGGCGCUGAUGAAAAAAUGGGCCUUUUAUGUAACUGGCUGUUGGUUUGAUUUCAGAUAAGCUACCCCACUUCUGCUUUUGUAAUUUUGUGUUAAAUUACAUUAAUGACGGCAACUGCGAUGACAGUGACAAUUUAAAAUGAUAUGUUUAAUGUGCAACGAUGACCUCGGGACCCUCCCCUUAACCCACGUGCACCCAGACGCCUCUGAACUCAACUGGACCAUGUUCAGUGAGGUAAAACAUUUACAGUCCUGCAGAUAGAAGCAGAAGUUAAUAGGUCAAUACACUGCGGCUUAAUAUGAGGAUACUCUCUCAUAUAUCUGCUUCACACACUGUGUCGUCAGUCGUUGAUGUUUUCACUGCUGAAACAGGUCCCUUAAACAUCUCAGAUUGUGGUUUCUGCUUCUGGUAUGAAGCUGCGACCUGUGCUACUUUGCCGUUGAACACAGCUCAAGUCGAGCAAAAAAAAAAAAAAAAAAACGAUUAAAAGAAAACAAACUAAAAUAAUUUCAGCAGUCAAAUGAAAAGAUGCUGCAUGUAAAACCAAAUUAGCCUAGGUGUUUAUAAACUGACUGAUGGACUGUCUUGGCUGCCUUCUUAACCAUUUAGACCCAGCUGUACAAAGGCUUCAGGGGCCCCGGGGCCCUAUGCAGCACGAGUAACCAUAGAUGACCGAGCUCUCCUACCUUUAUUUGUGUCUUCAGACACUGAAGCAUGUUUACUAGUGUUCGGUUCAUACACUUACGUGUACAUUUUGAAUGAAGCCGUCAAGGAAUCAGUUUCUACUCGACUGAAACUGAGAACCAAGAAGAAUGGGGAAUGUUUUCAUUAAUGUUGUUCUCUAAAAGAAAAAAGACGGGGAAAAUAAUCGAAGGGUGUCUGUAUAUAUCAACUCUGAUUUUGACAUGUAUGAGUUUUAGUUUUUUUAACACUGAUAAACAGACUGGACUCCAUCAUCUGUACUGAUGAUUGCCUCCAAAGCUGCAGCAGAGAUCGUACUUUUAUCUUUUUAGCCUUCCUCACCGAUUACUUUACUGAUGUGCAGAGGCUUUUAUUUUUAGAUGACAGUUUAUUCUUUUAUUUAUCCUUUUUCUUUUUGGAAAACAUCUGUGAGUGUCACUCAGCAUCCUGACUAAACUAAUUUUGAUUCACAUAUUUUUGUGUUAAUGUAUGUUGAUGAUAGAAUUGUCUAAUGGACAGUUAUAAAUAUUGUUAAUAUGUUUUUUUUCUGAAUAAAGAUUUCAACGAAAUUGCA